UAUUCGAGAGCAAAGAAGAGAAAUUUGGAAACAGAAAUGGCGACGCUAGCUUCCUCAACCCCACACCUCCUACUGCACCGUCUUAUCCUCCGCCGCUCCGUUCCGUUUUUAACUUCGGCUCUAUCUCUAUCAUCCCAACCCAAACGUUCUUUCCCUUCCGUUAGUACGACGCCGUUUACCACCCACUCUCAGUUCUCCACCCGCUCCUCCCUCUUUUCCUCACUCGCUCCUACAUUCUCUCUCCCACAGCAACUCGAAAACGACGUCGGUUUACUCGAAGAUGUUGAAAUUGAAUCGGAAAGUGAGGAUAAUGCAGUUUCUGCUGAUGCUGCUGUUGUUGUUGCAGCUUCUUCAGAGGGCUCAAAGAAAUCGAUUUUAGGGCUAGUUAGACAAACCCCGACGCCGAGCCUUAGUAUGAAGGAGAAGAAGGAACUGAGUUCGUACGCGCACAGUUUGGGGAAAAAGCUAAAGUCACAGCAGGUUGGGAAAUCAGGCGUCACUGACACUGUUGUUAUGGCUUUGAUUGAAACACUUGAAGCCAACGAGCUUCUCAAGCUGAAAAUACAUAAUAGUUGUCCUGGAGAGAUGGAAGAAGUGGUGAAGCAUUUAGAGGAAAGCACCGGUUCAUUAGUCGUUGGUCAAAUCGGAAGAACGGUGAUCCUUUAUCGGCCAAGCAUGACCAAGCUUAAAGCAGAAGAGAAAAAGAAACAGAAUCAACUUCUUCUCUUGAAAAGGCAAUCAAGGCCGAGACCACCGUUUCAGGGUAAAAGGCCGGUGUCGAUGGCAGGGCAAGAAACGAGACAAUAUGGUCGUGGUAGGAGAGGUACUAGCAGAUAUUGAGCUUCCCUUUGUAUUGCAGUGCCAUUUUUUUUGUAGUUAGACCAAAAUCUGAAUCUUUGGCCAAUUAUUAAUGUUUGAGUUUGAACUAUAUAGUAUGAAAUAUAGUUUAUCUUUCAAGAGUUU